AUGGAUAUGCUUACGAAUCUUGCAAGUUCUGCCGUUGCAAAUAUUACAAUUUCCACUAUAAUCAAUGCGAUAAAAACUUCAGCUGAAGUAACAUUUCAAAUUUAUGUAAAUGCAGAAUGUAAUAAAGAAACUACUCUAAUAAUGACGAAUCGGGUAAAAAAUGCGGAAUCAAUCAUUGAAGAGUUUAUGAGAAAUGAUGAAGAAAAAUUUAAGCGAAGAGAAUUUGUUAUAGUACUUAAACGUCUUGAAAGCGUUUUGAUAAAAAUCAAAGAAUUUUCUGAGAAAGUGUCAAAACUUAAGGGUUAUAAACAAUUUACUGACGCAAAAGAAGUCAAAAGUAAAUAUGAGCAACUAACAGAAGAAUAUGAUACGUGUAUAAGAGAUCUACUACUACAUUCUGCUUACUAUAUUGCAAAUAAUGACACUAAAAUAGAAGAAUCUCAAAAAGUUGAUAAAGAUCUAGAAGAAACUGAAAAAGUACCGACUCUUAAAGAUUUUGAUGAUAAACUUGAUGUGUUGUUGGCCCAAAAAAUAGCUAAACAACCAAGCGAUAUCAAUGUGAAAAGGAUUGAACCGAAUGAAUUAACUGAUUCUCUUGUUCCACAAAAAAAAAAUACUCUUGAUAAUUCUAUUAAAAAGUUUUACGGUACAAUCGAAGUAGCAUGUAAAAAUUUUCAAGAUUCUGAAGAUUUCCGAGGUCAUUUAGCGAUACUUGAAAAAUUAGACCACCCAUAUAUUCGCCGUUUCUAUGGUCUUUCAUAUGUUGAUAUUCGAGAAGUUAUGGUUUUUGAAUGGGCUGAAUAUGGAUCUUUAAAAGAUCUUUAUAAUAAUUAUAACAUUCCUUGGACAAGAAAAUUACAAAUUAUACGAGAUAUUUGUCGUGGUCUUGUUUUUUUGCGCAAUGUAAAUAUUUUGCAUCAUGAUGUUAGAUGCGAAAAUGUUUUAGUACCUCAUAAUUUGGACCCAAAACUUGGAAAUUUUAGAUAUGCACGUACACUAGAAGGUACUACUACAAAUCUGUCAGAUUUAGUAACUAUGAUUAUUCGUUGGAUGGCACCUGAGCUAUUAAUGAAAUAUGAAAAAAAAAAUCAUGCUGAAAAAGUUUAUACAUUCAAUUGUGAAAUGUUUAGUUUUGGAAUGCUGAUUUGGGAGCUUUGUUAUGAAAAGUUACCUUAUGAAGAUUGGGGAUUCAUAGAAAUUUCUAAACAUGUUUUAAGUGAUAAACGAGAAAAACUUCCAUAUGGAAAAUUUGAUAAUCAAGAUGAUGCUAAACUUCAAAAAGAACUUAUUGAAAUUAUCAAAAACACAUGGAAGCAAAUACCAGAAGACAGGAUAACAAUUACAAAAUUAUAUAUAAAACUUGAAGAAUUAGCUGCAGAAUAUCCAAUUUUACCAGAAGAACCUAAACUUUUAAAAAAUGGAACAUUAGAUCUUGAGGGUGAUUUAAUGGAUCUUGAAAAAAAUGAAACAUUAGAUCUUGAAAGAGACUUAAUGGAUAUUGAAAAAAAUAAAAAUGAAGAUUCAGAAAGUAGCAACUAUGGUGAAAGUAAUAAUAAUAAUAAGGAUAUAAAAGGCAAAAAACGUGCAAGUUCUCCUGUUAAAACAUUACAACCAAAAAGGCAAAAGUAA